CUUCAAUGCCAAACUCUGUAAAUUAAAAACUUCAUCUUUUCCUCUGUCCUCAACUCCUCACUUCACACUUCAGAUCUACUUUACCUCAAACUCCAUCUUCCUUUAUUAUACAAACCACUCCUCUUCACACACACACACACACAGUAUUCUCUCUCUUUCUUUUCUUUAACAAUAAUGCAGCUCCGGUCAGCCGCCGCCGUGGUUGCGGUGGUUCUUUCGGUAGCUCUUUUGCUUUUACCUAAUGCAACUGAAGCUCACAACAUCACAAAGAUUCUAGCAAAAUACCCACAAUUCUCAACUUUCAACCAUUACUUAACCGAAACCCAUCUCGCCGCCGAGAUUAACAACCGUGAAACCAUCACCGUCUGCGCCGUCGAUAACGCCGGCAUGGCGGAGCUACUCUCGAAACACCUCUCAAUCUACACCAUAAAAAACGUUAUUUCACUUCACGUCCUUUUAGAUUACUUCGGUGCUAAGAAACUCCACCAAAUAACCAACGGUACUGCUUUAGCCGCCACUAUGUUUCAAGCCACCGGUUCAGCUCCCGGUUCGACCGGGUUCGUCAAUAUAACUGAUCUCAAAGGCGGUAAAGUCGGGUUCGGCCCGGCUGAAAACCACGGUAAUCUUCCGGCGACAUUCGUCAAAGCCGUUGAAGAAAUACCGUAUAAUAUAUCCGUUAUUCAGAUCAGUACAAUGUUGCCGUCGGCUGCAGCGGAAGCUCCAACACCGGAACCGAGUCAAAUGAAUAUUACUUCAUUAAUGUCGGCUCAUGGCUGUAAAGUAUUUGCUGAAACUUUAUUGUCUUCACCAGCUGAGAAGACAUUUGACGACAAUGUUGACGGCGGAUUAACGGUAUUUUGCCCUGGAGAUGACGCGAUGAAGAAUUUUGCUCCGAAAUUUAAGAAACUGACGGCGGAAGGGAAGCAGUCUUUGCUUGAGUAUCACGGAGUGCCGGUUUAUCAAUCUAUGGACAGCUUGAAAUCCAACAAUGGCGUGAUGAACACGUUAGCUACUGACGGAUCUAAGAAAUACGAUUUCGUUGUGCAAAAUGACGGUAACGUUGUGACUUUGAAGACGAAGAUUGUGACGGCGAAGAUUACCGGAACUCUCAUUGAUGAACAGCCGUUGGCUAUUUUUACUAUUAAUAAGGUUUUGAUGCCGAAAGAAUUAUUUAAGACUGCACCUGCUGAUACCCCGGCGCCGGCACCGGCACCGGAAGCUGAUGCACCGUCGCCUAAAGGAUCUAAGAAGAAGAAACAUAAGGCGUCGCCGGCGGCUGAUACUCCGGCGGAUUCACCGGCGGAUGGUCCUAGUGACGACGUUGCGGAUUCGACGGCGGAUGAUAACGGCGCGUUUAGUUACAGUGUCGUUGGACCGGUGGUUGCAGGCGUUUUGAGCAUGUGGUUUUUCUUUGUAUUGUUGUAAGCUUUAUUUUUGUUAGUUUUUUUUUGUUUUAUAUCUUUUUUGAAGAUUAAAGGGGCUAUUACUGUUAAAUAAGUAAUUAAGUAUUGCAAAUUUGGCCGUAAUUUGUUCUUUGUAUUAGGUUUAGGAUUGGCUAGUAGGUUUUGUGACUUGUGAGUGUCUUUAUUUUUUUCCUUUUCUUUUAAAACUUUCUUUUUAUUGUUUGCUUAUUUUGGUUUUUGUUAUUUUUUA